AUGAUCGUUCGUUGGUUUGUUUCUUACUUUCUUUCAAAUACUUUCUUUCAAACACUUUCUUCCUUUCUUUCUUUCUUUCUUUCUUUCUUCUGUACUGAUCGUUCGUUUGUUUGUUUCUUACUUUCUUUUAAAUACUUUCUUUCUUUCUUUCUUUCUUCUGUACUGUUCGUUCGUUGGUUUGUUUCUUACUUUCUUUUAAAUACUUUCUUUCUUUCUUUCUUUCUUUCUUCUUCUGAUCGUUCGUUUUUGUUUCUUACUUUCUUUCAAAUACUUUCUUUCUUUUAUUCUUUUUUUCUUUUUUCUUUCUUUCUUUCUUUCUUUCUUUCUUUCAAACACUUUCUUUCUUUCUUUUCUUUCUUUCUUUCUUUCUUUCUUUCUUUCUUCUGUACUGAUCGUUCGUUUGUUUGUUUCUUACUUUCUUUCAAAUACAUUCUUUCUUUCUUACUUUCUCCUGUACUUAUCAUUUCUUUCUUUCAAAUUCUUUCUUUCUUCCUUCCUUCUUUUUUUUCUUUCUUUCUUUCUUUUCUUCUGUAUGUAUAUAUAUGUUCGUUGGUUUGUUUCUUACUUUCUUUCAAAUACUUUCUUUCUUUCUUUCUUUCUUUCUUUUCUUUCUUUCUUUCUUUCUUUCUUCUGUACUGA